AUGGCGGACGGAGGAAAACGGGGGAUGCCGAACGAAGCUCGCCGCUGCAGUCGCUAUUUUUGCACGGCGGGACGCGGGAUGGAGCCCUUCCUCAUCGAAGAAGUGCCUCGUUUGGGUGCCACUCAGGUAGAAUAUGUAUCUGGAAAAGUUUUCUUCAAUACUAAUCUUGAGCUGAGUAUGUUGAAGAAACUAAAGUCAGCUGAAAGACUAUUUUUGCUGCUAAAGAAAUGUCCUCCACUUUCCUUCCGUGGGAAUAAAGGAAGAAUAAUCCAGGAUGUUCAAAAACUUGUAAAUGAGAAUCCCAGAUGCUGGCUGCAUACAACUGCUGUCUGGAGAAGUCUUAUGAUCAGUCAGCAGAGCAACUAAAUUGUGCCAAGAAUACCCAGAUUCCAAAAACAGAAAUUGGAAGAGUAAAACCAUACUGAAAAUGAAAAGCAAAAAAUACAAAUAAUAUAGACAGAUACUAUUAAAAAUCCAAUUGAAGAUCAGCAAAAAUGUGAUACACAUGAUGUUUGUAAAGACAAUUUAUUGCCUCAGGGCAGACUUUUUCUAGAAAACACUCCUGAAUGUAUUCAAGACAAAUCUAUUGUUUGCAAUAGUUAUUUUAGUUUCAGAGUAUCAUGUCGCUGUAGUGGAAUACUUGCAAAAUUAUUUACUGCACAGGAACUGGGGAAAAUUAUCGGAAUAGCUCUCAUGAAAAACUUGGAUGGAAAGCAGAUCUUGAAUCCUGAUUUAGAGAUCUUUGGGCAUCUAAAUGAUAUUUCUGUGAUUGGAAUCCCUCUUUUCAGACUUCCCUUGGCAAGUCGAGCAUAUAUUAAAAUUGCUGGAUUGCGAUCUACCAUUGCUUGGGCUAUGACAUCACUUGCUGAAAUCAAGCGUUGUAUUGGAUCCUAUUGUGGUCUAGGUACAAUACUUCUGGAAGCUGCAACUGAAUGGCCUAAUGUGUAUUAUUUCGCGGAUAUAAGUGAUUCACAGUUGCAAGGAGCCUACUCAAAUAUUAGAGAUGCAAGGCUGAUAGAUAAAAUUCAGCUAUUUAAAUCUUCUGUUACAGGAUUGCCCUUUCUGUCAGAAAGCAUUGAUGAUUUGACAGACAUUCCAUUUGGAAAAAAGUUCAAACUAACAGAAGACAUGAAGUUUCUUCCCAGAGUUUUUCAAGAAUUUGAAAGGGUGCUUUGUUUUGGAGGGACUGUUGUACUGUUACUUAAUCAAGAACUUUAUAAAUGUAUUUCUAAUGAUAUUGCCCAAGGCUCUCGGACUGAGAGUUCAAUCUUGGCAGAAUCUUCUACUGAUUGCAGACAAAGUAAUUUGAUAUCAGUUGAACAAGAUCAACAAGAAAGUAUUAGUUGUGGUACUGUUUCCUCAUCUCAAGAUACAAGGGAAGAGCACCUCAGUUACAAAAAAGCAGAUCUUGGUUCUUUGGUGUUCAUUGAAUCCUUUGAAGUUAGUCUUGGCAAGACAAAUGCAUUCAUAUGCAAGUACAAGAAGAUAACUUGAAAGAUCUAGAAGGUAACAACAGCAAGUAUGUAUAAAACAUGUUGAUGGACUUGACAAUGAGAACUGCAUAGCAAUCACUGCAAAAGAUCCUAAGGGAUUAUAUUAGGAUUUGUAAUUGAAAGCACAGGGCUAAAUUUAGAAGUUUGAGGUGAAGGAUACAUGGUUGCUAGUCCUGAUGGCAAUAGACAUGAAUAGUGGGACAGCUUUAAGGGACUUUAUUUCUCAAGCAGUUCUCAAAAUAACCAACAUGAUGCAUUCUCUGAAGUGGUUGAUAUCUUGCAUCAAUUCUUGGCACUUACACAACAUCAUUUGCAAUAUUAGACAAGAAUUAUGCUUGGUGUGUCAUAGUGCAUUGUACUAUAUUGUAUUAUACUCUGCCUUCAUGGAAUGAUGUACAGGAUCUAACUGAUCUUUGGGAAGAUAUUCAGAAGAAAACUUCUGAAAUAGGUUUCCUGGAUGCUAGUCCAUUGCUGAACAUUAUUCAGACCAUUGGCAAUUGCUUUUCAUAGUCCGUGUUAUGAAUCUGGGAGAUGAAGAUUCCCAAUUAAUAGAAGUCCUUUUAUAUUAACUGUUUUAAGUGCACUAUAAGCAGAUUUGUGCCUGAAAAUCAUAAUUAAUCCUGCUUCAGAAAUCAGUGCUUUGUAGCAAGAAAAUCCAAACUGUGUUUUUAGUAUAUUUCCUAGAAUUGUAUGGGAAGUCUCUGAAAAUACAAAACUUCAAAAAACCACUGGAACCCAAGAAGACUAAUUUUGCAACCAUGCAUUUUUUGCACACUGGAAACAUUUUGAGGACAGGUCUCUUUUUACACAAAUUCAUCUUUAACCAGCAAUAAAAGUAUGUUUAUUUGUAUUCAGAAGGAAGAUAGAAGCAAAAAGAAUAUAUGCGAACAUUCCUAAUAAAAUCAAGAAAUUUGGUCUAAUUCAAGCAGUUAUAUUUAUCUGCUUGGUGGAUUAGAAAUUACAUAAGUGCCUGUCAGCUGUUUUAGCCAUUCUGAUUCAGAUGCAAUAGCUGUGUUACACUUCCAAUACUAUAUAUUAAUUUACCAAUGAAAAGUAUAACCAUUUGGACUAUGUAAAUUGAUUCAAAAUCAGGGAACUUUUUAAGUCUAACAUUUGCAUUUCCUAAUAAUGCGUGUGUAAGAAUGGUAAUGUAGAAAAUUGAUUAUAUUAUCCCUCCUGUUCAUCUAUAAAUUCUAAGAACCUAAAGAGAAUACUCCAGUUGUUUCAUGUAAUGGUCAUGACCUACCAUAGUCAUAUGGCAACAUCAGGUAUAUUUGGAGCAAUGUCAGUUAUGAAGAAUGAUUUUUGCUGGCAGUAUAUGGUAUGUCCAUUUUAAGGAUGGCCAGUGCCAUUGACAGUUACAAAAAAACAAUAGUGGCAUGCCCAUACUUUGUCUCUUAGCGUUACAGUACUGGAAAUAGCUGAGAAUUAAUUUGAUAUGUAAAGGUACUUUUUUUUUUCUUUUGCAUUGGUACCAUGGAAUUGCUGCAAAGGUAGGCAAGAGCUGAUGUAGGCUCUACUUCACAUAGGUAGAUUUGUCCUUAAGAAAUUCAGGAAUGCAUGUAUUAAAUUGAAACGGGUGUAACCAAAAUAAAGAAUAUCCUUUGUA